AUGUCCUUAGUGAGAUUAAGAAGAAUAGUUUAUGAUAGAUCAAGUGAGCAGAUUUUCCAAAUAACAGCAGUUUAAAUGAGUACCAAGGAUUAGUAGCAUCAACAUGAGGGCAUUCCUUAGCACAGAAGAUAUAAUUAGCCUAAAUUACUAGUGCUGAGUCAUUCAUCUUAGCCACAUGAAAAGUAGCAAAAUAUGAGUUUUGACAAGAAGACUUCAUUCCAUCCUGAGGAAGCAAUUGUCAAUAAACUAAACUUUGAUUCAAGAAGGAAGUCACACUAAAAUGAAACUAUAAAUCAUGAGGUGCAUUUACCUCUUCAAAUCCUGCAAAAUCAUUAACAACUAAAGAGUAAGAUAGAUUACAGAGACUUGACUCCCUAGAAAGACAUUAUCAGUGUACUGGAAAUGAGAAAUCAAAAUCACAUAUAGAAGUCAAGAUCGAUUCAUAAGUAAAUGCUUUUAGAGAACAUUAGUAUCUCUAAUUAAAGAUAAAAAUCUUAUCUUGACAAUCAUCUCCUUUAAAGUCCUGACUACUCUAAUGAAUAUUUAUUAGAGAAGCUUUCAAAGAGAUUGCCAAAAAGAGACUUGUAGGACUAGUAUAGGAGUUAACUUGAUAAUCAAGAGAAGGAAAUGUAGUAAAUAAACAAAAUUAGAAGGUAGAAUGGGGGAUUAAGUAAAAUUGAGAUGAGCUUAAACAAGAGACAUAUAUAGAAUUUGUAAUUUGAAAGAUUGUAAGAGUUUAGCUUUUGA